AUUGUCAAGCUGGUGGAGCCCUUUGCUACAAAAGAGAUUGUAAACGCUUUGAGGUAGGGACUGUCUGUUUGUACGGCGCUGAGCUCAAUGCGGUCGUGGUCCUGGUCCUGGGACUCCAAUUAGUCCCACAACACAAAUAAAUAACAAUAAUUGAUAAAAAGGAUGAGCCAGUGAAAAACAACCUAGCCAAGCAGCACAGCUCCUCCUUUUCCCUUUUUUCUGCCCGGCUCAUCUUUACCCCUAGAUGCCAGAGUGUAUAUGAGCUAACAGGCUCCAUUUGGUGGGCACUGGGUUUUUGCAGCUGUCCUCUGAUCAGGCUGUUUAUUCCAGGCAGCUAGGCCUGCAAACACAGGUUUUCCCCACAGCAAUUUGCUCAUCGUGCCACUAGGAGAUGCUGUUUUCACUGCGGUAGCCUCCAGAGGCUGGCAGUAAUUACUGCUCCCUGGCUGGUUGUACUGCUCUGAGUGCUUUCUCCAUCCUCAGCAGCUAGUGGGAUUUCAGCUUCCUUCAGGGAAGUGGGAAAGGGCAGAGAAGGAAGGGGAAGAGAAACUCAAGACAGGAAAGGACGAGGGGGGCACAGCUGGCUGAGGGAGAAGGGAAGGGGAGUCACAACAAUGGCCUGAUUUUCAAAGGUGCUCAGCUCCCACUGCCAUCCCAUUUUCAGCCCCUCUGAAAAUCAGGCCAUUAAAGUGACAGGAUGGGGAGAGCAGAGGGGAGGGCUCACAAAGCUAUAGGAGAGGAGAACAGGCCUGUCCUCGGAUCACCUUGGAAGGGGCCAGAGGGCCGCUGCCUGUCUCACGCUUGCACGCCAGCCUGCCUUCCAGAGACAUGAGGUUCCUUUGGGAGGGGAAGAGAAGUGGAAUGCAGCUUAAAAGCUAGAAGACAGGAGAAAGAAAGCAUGGGGGAGGAGGCCUCACCCUUCCAAACGUCAAACAAUAUUAUUGUUCAGCUUGCUUAGCAUUCAAUAGGGAGAAUUUCAAAGAGUGGGGCUAGGAAAGGGGUGCCAUAGGAUUGCUGCUGUGUUUCCUCCCCUGAAAAGUUGAGCAGUUCAGUCCUACAUAACUCUCUUGGGCAGAGUUAUGAAGGACUGAACUGGUCAAGUUUUCAGGGGAGGAAACACAGCAGUGGCUUCAGUGGGCUUUGGCUCAGGCCUUGUUUGCAAGACACACAGCAUCGUUGAAAAGCUGCCACCUCUGGCGUGGGCUGGAGACAGCCAGCUGGUGCUAGUGUACUAUACAGCAGUGACUAGGAUUUUUUUGGCCAGGAAUCUAGAGCCAAUGAGCAGACGUAUGUGGUGCUGUGGUACCUAGGCAGAGCAGACAGGACCUUGUUUUUUAAAGUCUCAUCUAAAAGAGCCACAUGUAUGUAGAAAACUCCAUUGGACCCCAUUCUUAGGUGCACGCUGGCAGCAUAAAGGGACCUUACAGGGGAUGGAAAGAGCCCUCUGAGAAUACCCACUGUGCGGCGGGGGGGGCCUGGCAUCAGAGUUUUGCUGCUGUCUCACUCCCAGCUCUCAGUGUGGAGGGCAGGGAAGGGGAAUGGCCAAGGUGCACUACCCUCUCCGGCUAUUCUCUGCUUCUCAAACACCAUAGAAGGCCCUGGCAAGCAGAGGUGUAAGUCAAGCAACCCUGAGGCUGCUCUGACUUACACUGGUGGCCAGGUAGGCCCCAGAAUAACCCUAGAGGACCGAGUGUGUGAAUACAGCGUAAAGCCGCCUAUGCUCCUUCUCCUCCAGCCCUGCCUUAAGCACAGGGAGAGGGUAAUUGAGAAUCAGGCCUAUGGAGUCUUUAGGAGGCAUGAGUCGAUGCUGCUGGCAAUUGAACCUGUGGUUCCAGAGAGCCUAUAGAGUUUUAUGCAUCUUCUGGCACAAUGGCAAAUUAGGGACUCUUGUAAAAUGUAAACGUUCAGUUCCAUAGCAAUAAGCAAUAGAUUGUUAAAGGAAACCUAACUCUCUGAGGGAAACACGCUGGCCUUUAUAUUAGUGAAAGGAGGAAAUGAGAGCUGCAGCAGUGACAGAAGAGGAAAUUGCAGCUCAGGGGCUACCAUGACUCAGACUCUGCUCCCAUAGUUUGUGAUGGCAUCCACACCUGCUUCGGAACGGAAAUAUGGCCUGAUAUUCCAUGGCUGCUGUUCGCUGCUUUCUCCUUGUGUGGCUUUCCACAUAAAUCUCAGAGCAUAGGUCAGCUGUCAACUUUACACAAAAGAAAACCAGGGAGGUGGAUAGCAAAGGAAUGGAGUCAGAUCUGGACAGGCGGUGUCACCCCACUCCUCCGCACACCUUCCCAGCCACACCCAGGGGAUUUCACUUUGCCAGGAUACAAUCUGGUAAAUUUGCAACAGCCACCACGGAGAGAACACAGGAACCCCCGUUGGGCCCACCGUGUCCCUUUGACGGAGCAUUCUGGAUUCAGAGACCCCCCCAGCAGGGUUGCUUUGCUGGCAUUCCCAAGCCCCCCGCCAUCCCGCAAGCUUCACCUGCCCUAUCUCCCUCUUCUGCUGUUUGCUUCAUGGAGAACAAGAGCUGCAAAGGGGACAGCCUGCGGCCAGCUGUCCAGUGCAAACACUCUGUCGAGAAGAAGACAAUGACUAACCCUACGACGGUGAUUGAGAUCUACCCAGACACCACCGAGGUGAAUGAUUACUAUCUCUGGUCCAUCUUCAACUUUGUAUACCUCAACUUCUGCUGUCUCGGCUUCAUCGCCUUGGCCUAUUCUUUGAAAGUCCGGGAUAAGAAACUCCUCAAUGACCUGAAUGGAGCUGUCGAAGAUGCCAAGACAGCCCGGCUUUUUAACAUCACCAGCUCGGCACUCGCCACUUUCUGCAUCAUCCUCGUCUUCAUCUUCCUGCGCUACCCGCUCACUGACUAUUAGAGCGAGGCCAGCAGCCGCUGCCGAAAUGCCUCAGUGCCAGAAGUGUCCACCGAAUUUCCUCCAGCAAGGAUAUGAAACAACAAUCCAUCUUGAUUGCAAAAAAAUAAAUACAAAAUAAACCCCACCAAGCAACCCCCACCCCCCCAAUCCUGACUGGUAUUUGAACUUCUGUAGAAAAAGAAAUUACUUUUACAUUUUUUACAGAAAAAUAUUUAUUUUCAUGAUAAACAAAAGUAUGUGAUAACAUGCAAAGCUUAGAACUAACCACAACAUGAGCCAAUAGCUGUGUAGCUAGACACGGCAAUCACGGUGGCGGCCGAGGAGUCAGAGAGAACGUUGUGUCAUCGAUGAGCCGCUGAUGAAAGUUACAUAAGCAGCCCAAGCACUGAGCUGUGUUUUAGAUGGAAAACAGCAAAUAGCCCUAUUGGGAGAGGUGAACUGUGGAUCUACCGGGAAGCAUGUGUGCUGAUUUAGAGCUCAAGAGAGGGAGGAAAAAUGCCUGCUUCUGCGAGAUAAAACUGAGGAGUAAUGCAGGGCAGAUUCAGGACAUAUCAAAUGUGUUCAGGCUGCUACCACGUCCUCUCUCUCUCUCUCUCUUCUCCCCUUCCCCUCACUCCCAUGGAUAUUUUGUUCUUUUCUUCUUUUUAUACAUUUUUUUUCAUAGAAUUUCAUUUGAAGGCCAGAAUAGCUUACCAUUCCCCGUCCCCAGAGAGCUUUAUCCUUGGGAGUUCAUAGUGGAGAAUCCUGAAGCCUCCCGAUAAACCCCAAAGAUUUAAAACAAAACAAAACAAAACUCCUCCAUGGAAUCUCCUGCAAAUGCUGAGAACAUAGGCAACCUUUGGAGAACUUGCAUAUAUCCUGUAUACCGACUCCUACUGUAUUUCUGUAAACUUUCAAUAAAGAUGAUAAUACCUCUGCC